UUCUCUCUCUCUCUCACACACAAUCUCUCGCUUUCUUCUUCGCGCCGCGCUUGGAUGGUCACACCGUUCAUGCUCCAUUGCUCUUUCUCACUCUUGAAUCACGCGCGGCCGUCUUCGUCGCGCGCGCGCGCUUACCUUCUCCCUCUACCCCACCUCUCUCGCUCGCGCCCGCGCUCGCCUGCGCAGUGCUUCCCAUUCCAUCGUGCUCGCGCGGCCGGCACUCACUUCAGUCCACAUCGAGUCGUCGCGCGUGUUGGUCGAGAUUCUUUCUCCGCUCCGCUGCGGCGUGUCGCGCGUCGUUCGUUCGCCCGCUUGUGUUCCGCGUGACGAAACGGUCGGCGAAAACUUUCGCUAAGUACUUUCGGUAAAGACGCGUUCGAUUUUGGGACGUAAUCGUUUAAACCACCGUCGCGAUCGUCGUCGUCGCCGGCGGCGGCGGCAUGGAUCCGCGGGGUGACGAUCCGGCAGCGCGUUCCGCGUGAAGUGCGUCGCUCUCGAUUUGGCCAACCGUCGCCGGAUCGGCCAACAAGUGACUCAAAGUGAGACGUGAGCGUGAGAGACGUUCAGUGACGAGUGUCGGUUGUCGGCGCGCUUGACCGCUCCUCCGCGUCGUGGCCGUUAUUGUUGGUUGUUACUUGCUCCGCACCGCUCCGCUCCGCUUCGCUCCGGAGUCCGGCCUGUUGCGUCGCAGUUCAUCCUGUGACACGGAUAUUUCCCGGGAUCUUGGAGGAUCGUCGGUUAUCGGACAGCAGGACCGUCGACCAGACGUCGGGCCGCGCGACAUGGACUUCGUAAUAUUAAAGGUGAACGGGCAGGACGUUUCAAAUUCUAGUCACGAGGAUGCUGUGCGUUGUUUCCAGUCAGCUCAGGAACCAAUUAUCGUCGAGGUCCUUCGACGACAACCCAUCAGUGGGCAUCAACAGGUACCUCACACGCCCUCGAAGGAGCACGAAAGGAUCACGUGUCAGGAUAAGAAUGAGGGGACGACGAACGAAAGGGGCGUGACAGACGACCGAACGUGCAAUGACGAUGUCAAGAAGGACGAUAUGUGUCCCUUGGUAUCGACUGCAGUUCAAACGGACUGGGCUGGUCUCAUAGAGGAAGAGGAGUUACUUCCAGUUCCCCUCGUCGUUGAGGAACAAGCGAACGACAGUUUCGAGGAUUUUCUCACUCACGACAUCGACUUUGAGGAGGUGACGUUGCGGAAAAGCGGGAGUGCCGAAAAGCUCGGAUUGACGGUGUGCUAUAGCUCCGGUUCCGGCAGCGAGGACGUCGACACCGAGGUUUAUAUCUCGGAAAUAGUUCCUGAAAGUCUCGCGGCCCGGGACGGCCGGUUGCGAGAAGGAGAUCAAAUUUUGCGGGUCAACGGCAAGGAUGUCGCGAACAAGGAGCAGACCGAGAACUUGUUCGCGGAGACGAAAAAUGCGGUGACUAUUCUCGUCAGCCGAUGUGUAUUUCAAGACGAUGAAUAUGAUGACAGGCGCAUCUAUCAUGAGGGUUCGCCGCCGCUUUCGCCCGAGAACCUGCCAGCGUAUCAGAACAGCAUGAUCGAGCAGCUGAUCCGUCAACAGCAACAGCAAACGGAGGAGCGUACCAAAGAGAGCGAGGUAAACAACUGCACCCUGAAAGCUGCUCCACCCAUACCAUCUCACACACAGCAACAGCAGCAGCAGCAACAACAACAGCAGCAACAACAGCAACAGCAGCAACCGCCGCCGCCGCCACCACCACAACAGCAGCAAUCUAUCAAUAUCUUUUCCACGAACUCGUCGUCCACAUGCUCAUCGCAGAACUCACACAAAUCCGGCAAGAACGCGACCUCGCCGGCGCAUCAUACGGAAGAGCGCAACAAGCAGUGGAUGCAGGAAUCGCUGAAGGAUUGUUCAAAGAGGCUCGAAGGUAUAUCUCUACGCGGUCAGCAAGCUGGCCCGCUCGCGGCGGUACCGUCAUCGGUGAAGCUCAUUGAGGCUUAUUCGAGCCACGUGUGGAGUGAUACCGAGCACAUCUACGAAACGAUACCAGAAUCGGACAGCGAGCCAAUCUAUUCGUCGCCGUACGAGCAUCACCAGCAGCACUGGACGCAGCAGGCGAACAUCGUUACCGCGACGACGCAGCAUAGCACCGCGCAAAACCAUUUGACCGCUGGCGGUCAGCAGAACCAAAAGUGGCAUUCCUCCUCAAAAAGCAACAGUUCCGGCGAGGAAAAGGAUAGUUCGAGCGCUUACAAUACCGGCGAGUCCUGUCACAGCAACCCCCUGACUUUGGAGCUGCAUCAGGGCGAGAGAGAUCAUCAUAAGAGCACGCUGGUAUUGUGCCCGCCAAAAAUGCCGCAACAGCAACAGCAGCAACAACAGCAGCAGCAGCAGAAGCUCAAUUGCAAUUGCCCCAUGCCGGUGACGCCGACCGCGACGUCCGCGAUAGCAAGACAAUCGUCGAAGAACCAGAGCGUGAGGAAGGGCUCGUCGUCGCAUCAUCACAGAGAUCGCAACGAAUCUUCGUCAAUAAAUGCCAACACGCUGCCGGCUGACACUAUGUACACGAACGUGGCAAACCUGCAACAGACAAUGAUGCUGCAGCAGCAGCUGUUCAAGCAGGCGCUCAACCGCAAGAACCUCACGACGUCCAGGGAGACGUCCAUGGGCGGCGCGAGGAAAUCCAAGUCGCACGGCAACUUCCAGGCGCCAAAUCUCACGCAGUACCAGUUCGUUGGCAGUCAACAGGUGUGCACGUCCACUACGUGGAUACCGCCGGAGGAUAAGAACGAGGUGCAGAUGGAAUGGAAGGUGAAGAGGAGGGCGGACGGGACGAGGUACAUCGCCAGGCGGCCCGUCAGAAAUCGGAUACUUCGAAAUCGGGCGAUCAAGAUAACCGAAGAAAGAGCCGGUCACACCACCGAGGAUGAUACUAUGUCGGAGAUGAAGGUCGGACGUUAUUGGAGCAAAGAGGAGCGUAAACGACAGCUGGAACGCGCGCGCGAGCGCAAGCAACGUCAGCAGGAAUUGUUGCUGCAACAGCAACAGCAGCAGAUGCAACCGACUAACGACCUGCUGAUAUGCGAGCACACGGAAGACAAAGUGUCGAAGAAGCCGUUAAACAUCGUCGAGCUAAGUCACAAGAAGAUGGCGCGUAAAAAGACGACUCUGGACGAUUUCACCACUGUGCAAGAAAUGUUGGUUCACGGAAACAGGGUGGGUGCAGGUGGACCUGGCACGGGGGGGAAAUUAAUGGGUCUACUGUCGGUUACCACGGUGUAAGCGAACUCGCGUUGCGUAUCCCUGACGCUCGCCAAACUGACCGUUCGUUACACGGAUAUCGAAACCCGAAAUAAGCGCGAGGGUAUUUUACGGCCACGAUUAUCGCGCGAAUGACUUUUAUACUGCGUCGGGGAAAGCCUGAAACCUUUGCGCGGCGUAACACUUUCAAAUUAUCUUUUAUACCAACCUCUUGCCCGCAAACAUGUGCCCCGCGCGAAGGCAACGUCGUAAAGUCGGAAGGAUUCUUCCGAAAGUUAAUAAAAGAUCUAGCGUUCGUCUGAAUAGUCCGUACGAAACUGCUUGCUUGAUAUAUGUGCGUAUGUAUAUGUAUAUGUACAUACACAUAUGCGUGAACAAGCGCAUAAACUUGAUUUGAUGAUUGCAGAAUAAUUAUCGUUAUAUGUGGCAAGUUUGUGCACGUGGUGUUUGAUCCGAAGUAUCCGAGUACGGAAUAACUUAAUUUUGAGACGGUUACACAAGGAUACCGAAAAUACAAAUGGACCGUCUUUAGUCUUCUUCUUGCCGAAUAUAACAUUGGACAAUGUUCAAAUAUUUCGUGAUUCCAUGAUAAAAAGACACGCCAAUCUGCAAUAAAGCGUCUAGAAGCUUGAAUUGUCGCUGUUAUAUGUAAACACGUGUGUGAAGUUUGCACAGCACGUUCGCUCUAAUAAAUCUUGUAAAUAAUUACGGCACGAUACACAUUCAUAUAUAUAGAUUUUAUAUACAGGACGAAAAAUAUUCUACGGGCAAAGAUCGGUGAUUAUAAGUAUGUAGAUAUGUAUGAUAAGCGAUAAGUAUUAACGUGGUACGCAGCAAUAUCCAUUUUGCUUUGUGCAUUACGACGGAGAUCGCGGCAGGACACUGUAUAUCCGGAGGACCAUCGCCUUAACGUCGAUUCCAUAGCGAAUUUAUUUUCGUGGACAUCGAACAGUAUUCUAAAUUAAAAAGAAAAAAAAACAAUAUUGUUCAUGACGAAAGCAUCGCUGCUUUUUCGUGUGCAAAAACAUUGCUGUUUACAAAUUAUAUCGUAUGUGAUUUUUACACCGUUUUUGUAAAGCGUUUAUAGAAGAAACGCGAAAAUGUGCAAAAGAUAUGCUUGAGGAAAUCUGGGAUAUCCUGUAUAAGUGUAAAUUGUCUUAUUCUCAUGCAUAUGAUUCGUGUAUGUAUCGAGUCGAUUAUUACCUUUUGUUCCUUUCUUCCAGAAAAAGUAAUCGAAUACUAGAAUCCUGUACUGCCAAUGUCUAUAUAUAACUGCCCUGUAACUCUAUAUAUUUUAAAGUACACGCAUAUAUGGAGAAAGUGUGAAUCAAAUGUGACGCCUCGAUGGAUCAAUUAUCGCAUACUUCCUGACGAAAAUUUACCGCGUAAGAUGUAUGAUAUGUUUUGGGAACGACAUUAGAUAUAAAAUAUAUCGUUGUAGAAAAUAUAUUGUAUGAUUUAGGAUUUUUAAGCACAUAAGCGAUCGUGCAUACGUAUGCUGUCUUUUGUAUGUAGAUGCGACAUAAUGAUUCUAAACAUGUGUAAUGUAAAUAAGACCCAAAUAAAAUAUAGCAUUAAUAUA